AGUGAUUUUUGAUCGAUUUGAUCGAAAUAUUUAAUUAAAUAUCAAUUAAUUACACUAUAAAAAUAAUAAACUAUUGAUAAUUUUAUAAUCGGAAAAUUAUAAUUCGGAACAACUGAUAAUCUUUAUUUAUUGUUGUUUAAGUUUCAAACUGCUAAUGAAAAUUAAAUAGAAUCGAUACAUUCAAGUAUCGAUACGUGUAUCGACUUUAAAAUAUAACCAAGUAUAAAUACAUAUAUCAGUGAUUACUAUUGGGCAAAUCUUUUCUAUGUCUUCAAAUGAUUGGUUCUCAGCUCUCGUACUAUACUCCUCUGAUUGGCUACGUUCAAGCAAAUUCAAGUUUAAAUAAAUGCAGUUGUUUAACAGCUUAACCGACUCUUGAAUGGUGUGGAGUGAAGUAAACUGUCGUUUCUAUCUUUCUGUACAAGUAACGCUAUUACUGUGAUUUUGUGUAUGCGAAUAUAACAAAUUAGGUAAUAUAACUUAAAAGUAAACAAAUAAUUGAUAAAUGUGUAACUGCGAGUGACUUAAUUGUGUUCUUUUAUUAAACGAGAUGGAAUCACGUUUGCCAAAGCCAAAAAUUAAUUUAUCAAAAGUAGUUAACAACACAGUAAACAUUGCUACAGAAACAGAUAAUCAAAAAAUGGUAAAAAGCCAAAAUGAUCUGCCCCAUGCAAGUUCUAGUGCUGUUACCGAGAGACUGACAAAAGCCAAAAGUACAGUAAAUAUAGCAAAAUGUUCAAAUGAAAAUAAACCUCCAAUUAAACAAACUUUUAGUAGAUCGAAGACUAUGUCUUCCAUUACUACCAGAGCUGUGAAAAGACCAGCUGUUGCAACCAUUGCACAUGGCGAGACCAAGAGACAAUUUGCUAAACCCCCUACUAAAAUAAGUACACAGCAAGUUGGUAGUACAUUAAGAAAUAAUACCACCAAUAAGUCUAGUCAGAAUAUCAUAGCCCAGAAGGUACAAUGCAGCAGUAAUACAGCUAAGCCUUCCAAAUGGGACUUAAAGGGUCGACUGGCCUGCACAACUAAUGAGUUAUCUAAUAUACGACAGAAAUAUGCAGAAACUUCAGCAAAAUGUAAUGAACUUCAAGAACAAAUGAACACGUUAAAGACAAAUGAAAAUGUACAUAAAGCAAAAGCAGAAGAAUAUGAAAAUUUGAAUAAAACAUUAGUAAAUGAAUGCAGGGAAUUAAAAGCAGAAAUGAAUAAAUUGCAAGAAGAAAAAGAGAAUUUGACAAAAUGUUUGAAAGAAUCAGAGGAGUCAUGUAAAAGCAUUUCAAAUAUUUUAGUAGAAUUUAAAGAAAAAUGCUCGUCUCAAGAGUCAUUACUGUCACAACAUGAAUUUAUAAUAAAGGAUCUAAAAGCUAGUUUAGAAGCUGAAAGAGAGAUGAAUAAAGAAUUAAAUGUAACUAAAAAUGAGUUACAAACAUUGGUUCAUACCAUGGACAAAGAUCGUAGAGUCCUCCAUAAUGCAAUACAAGAAAUGAAAGGAAAUAUCAGGGUAUUUUGCAGAGUCCGACCUAGAACUCCAAGUGAACUUGGAAAGGCGAUGUGUAAUAUCAACUUUGUAGAUGAAUGCACUAUCGAAGUAGGAAAAUUUGAUGGGUCUGAUUCAAUUAGUUGUAGCGGAAGACCGAGAGGAACCAGGCAAGAGUUCUCUUUCGAUAAAGUCUUCCCACCAACUGCUAGCCAGGAAAAUAUUUUUGAAGAAUUAGCCCUAUUAGUUGAGUCCGCUUUAGAGGGGUAUAAUGUCUGUGUAUUUGCAUAUGGCCAGACUGGUUCUGGUAAAACAUAUACUAUGGAAGGUUUACCGGGUAUUGAAAUGGAAGGCAUGAUACCUAGAACGGUACGACAUAUAUUCCAAAAAAUGAAAGAAUUUCAAUUACUUGGUUGGGAAUAUCGGAUAGAAGCUAGUUUCCUUGAGAUUUACAAUGAGCAUAUUGUUGACUUGCUUGAUUCUCAAGCUAAGACACAUGAAAUCAAAAUGGCUGAUAGUAAGGGACACAAUUUGUAUGUCAGUAAUUUGAAAAUACAGGAAAUUAAUAGCCCUGAAGAAUUGCACGAGUGCCUUUUGACGGCACAAUGUAAUAGAGCAGUUGCGGCUACUCAAUCGAACGAACGGUCGUCUAGGUCGCAUUCAGUAACAAGAAUAAAGCUUGUAGGAACACAUCAAUUAAAAGAGGAGAUUUCAAUAGGAAACUUAAAUUUAGUUGACCUAGCGGGAUCUGAAAGAUUAAAAGGGGAAGAAUCUGUACGACUGGCAGAAACGAAAAACAUUAAUAAAUCGUUAGCAAACUUGGGCAACGUUAUCUUGGCCCUUUUGAAAAAACAAGAACAUAUUCCAUACAGAAAUUCAAAGCUCACUCAUUUAUUAAUGCCGUCUUUGGGUGGCAAUUCAAAGACUUUGAUGUUAUUGAAUGUAUCUCCUUUAGACGAAUGUUAUAGCGAAACAUUGAAUUCAUUGAGGUUUGCUAGCAGUGUAAACAGUUGCAAACCCGGUAAUGCAAAAAGAACACGACUAGUGCUACAAAACUCCGCAUGAAGUUUCACCAAAUAGUAUUUUUAUUACACUUCAAGAUUUUAGUGUUUUUAAGCAUUAUUUUUUAAAAGCAUUAUUUAGACUAUUUUAUAUAGUAAACGCACGUCCUCUUUUGUGUCAUUUUAUUUUUUUGUUUUAUAAAUCGCAACAAAAACUGUAAAUAGUUCAAUAUAAUAUAUAUUACCACAAUACUGACAUAAUUUACAUAUUCGCUCAGUUGAACUGCAAUUUCCAUAUUUUCAAAGAUAUUGUAUAUAAUUAAAAGAAAUAACUUUUUUGAACUAUUAUUAUAUUCGUUAUAAAAAUAAAGUCUCUGACUUGAUUCGAACCAAUUUCUUCUUUUGGCAACAAUUAUAUUAUUUAAAGUAAUAGGAAAAAAUUUUUCUACACUGCCAGACAUAGGUAUUAGCUGGUGUUAAUAUAUUUAUUUGUUAUAUUUAUUACAUAAUUUUAAUAAAUUUUAUUUUAUUUAGCGUUUUAUGUUACAAUGUAUUAUACAAAUAGAAUAAUAGGUGUAUAAUAAAUGCACGUAAGUAAUUUAUAUCAAUAAUAUAUCAAUAAAUGCUCUAGUAUGUACUUAUGGCUGGCAAUAUAUGUUUCCUCUAGCAGUGCACCAUGCCGAGCGCACAUUUCUUUAUGUCUCUGCUUAGUAGUACAUGCCAGAGUCGCACAAUCGCACAUCCUCCCCCUCGCUAUGAUUACAAAUAUUUCUCCUACCAAGAGCAUCGAAGACGAGUAGUUGAUAGUGUAGUCGUUGACCAUGAGAGGUCCUUAUUCUCAGUGUCCAUUUUUUAGCAGAAUUUCGCACAUAAACGUUGAUUGAUGAUCUCCCUAAUCCCUACAUCUCCAAGAGAAAGAAAAAUUCUCCCUGUUUUUAAUAUUCUAUAAUCUCUAGUAACUAGUGCGGUAAUAAUACACAGGCACGAAAUUGCGUAAACAAAUCCAAGUAAUCGCUAAAAUACGUAAUAAGAGAAUUAUAUUAUAAUACCAAUAGGGAGGUUAUGCGAGAAAUGUGACGGCAAAUGUGUAAUUUGUGAUUCUUAUGUAAGACCUUGUACUCUGGUUCGGAUUUGUGAUGAAUGCAAUUAUGGAUCUUAUCAAGGUAGAUGUGUUAUCUGUGGUGG